GAUUAUUUGCUAGCUUAGUUGAUUAUGGGUACACGUAUUAUACAUAGGUGCUCUAGAACUGAUCUGCUUUGUCGGUUUGAAACAACAAAGAACAAAUUGUGUGUACGUGCGUCAGCUUGGGCCCGCACUUCAAUUUUCAAUUCAUACAGUAUAGCUUAUCCUCUUCCACAGUUCCACACUUCCACUGCACCGGACAGCCAAACCAAGUCGCAAGCUAUAAUCCCAUGGUCCAAAGACAACCAAAUUCAGACUCCAAUGGAUAGCGAAAUCACUUCGAUGUCCGGUUUAGCCUCGCAAAUGUGCAACCAAAUAGCCUCUAUCUUCUCCAAACCCAACUACCCCCACCCACCACCCUUGGAUCUCAUGGUGACGGAGCUCUCCACCGUCGCAAAACAUAACGGCCGGGUCUUUCUCUACGGAGUGGGCCGUGAGGGACUGAUGCUGAAGGCCCUCUGUAUGCGUCUAGCCCACUUGGGUAUCUCAACCCACUUCGUCUUUGACAUGACCACGCCCCCGAUUACCAGCACCGACCUCCUCAUCGCCUCGGCUGGGCCCGGAGGAUUCUCCACCGUCGAUGCAAUAUGUUCCGUGGCGAGAUCCCACGGCGCUAGAGUUCUGGUGUUGACAGCUCAGCCGCAGACGGGGUCAUGCGUGAAGCAUGCGAGUGUGGUGUGCUAUGUGCCGGCGCAGACCAUGGCGGAUGAUGAGGGUACUCCUGGGGAGAAGAAAUCACGGCCGUUGAUGCCGAUGGGGAGCCUUUAUGAAGGGGCUAUGUUUGUGCUGUUUGAGAUGGUGGUGUAUCAGCUUGGUGAGGCAUUGGGCCAGAGUCCCGAGGCCGUCCGAUCUCGGCAUACUAAUCUUGAAUGAUGUGUCUAGGUUUGUUUGUCGGUUUGGUCCCAUUUGGUAACAUUACUCGUCAUUAAUGACAUGGGUUUGAAAAUUUCGAAAUGUAAAGUUAAUAUUUAUAUUUAUUAAUUGUAAGCUUCUUACGGUUAAAAGUACGCCUCCUCAUACGCAACACGCACGACCUUUCUCUCAUUCAGCAACGCACAGAUUCUCUCGUUCAUCGUCCCCGCUCCUUCAAUGUCUAACCAUGCGUUGUUCGCUUCUCUACGCAUUCCGUUUUUUAUCCUUCACGAUCUCCACAUGCUCUCUGAUUCACACACUGUGUCAACCCUAAUCGCUGAAACGAUGCGGUAAGCGAUGCGCGAAAGAAUGCCUCCAUAAUUCUCUGGUUCGGUUCAAGAAGAAUCUCCGAGUCAUAAUUCUCUGGUUCAAGAAGAAUCCCCGAGUCAACGAUUAUCAGGGCCUUGUGGCUACCUCCGAUUAUCACGCCGCAAGUUCCUCUCUCCAUCUUCGACGAUCUCCGGAUUCGCUGUGCAUCUCCGAUCAGCCAGGCCUUGUAAAUCUAUGGUUCAUAUGUACGUCUUCGAUCAGCCGAUUCUUUCUCGUACGUACCUUCUUCUGCUCUGUCUUAGAUUCCUCUUUAUCUUUUUUGUUCUGCGUUUUUAAGUUUUUCUAUGUAGUUAACUUGUUUUGGAAUUCUGUAAUUGUAUUAAUCGAAUCUGAAGUCAUUGGAAUGAAAACACAUUGAGCAAUGAAAUUCUAAUUUUCCAGCAUUUGAGCAGUGUAUUUGAAUUUGUCUAACAACUAUGUCACGCUAAAUGUGAACAAGAUUGUUAUAAGAGGGAGCCAAAAACUUUGAUAUGCCUUGAUACGGUGGAAAGAGAGAAAUGUCUUACUCUGAUUUCAUGAUAUUUCAUUUGAAUCUCGUAUUGACUGAAUUUUUCUGAUGAUUUGCAUUGUAACUUAAGAAAGGCAUAAGGAAUUGCAGGAAAAGGGGUCUAAUCUGAGAACGUCCGUAUUUUAUAUAUUUGCAAACAGAGGUAUUGUGUGGGGCCUACGGCCACGGGAGAGUUUUUUAUUUGUUGAAUUCAUCUAGAGGACUAGAGUUAAAACAACCUAUAUAUUCACUGAAAGUCUGAAAGAGAUAGAUAACCACCUACUUGAUGGUAACUAUUCUCUCCCCUAAGAGGAAUUCUAGGAAAAGAUUUUUGGAGGACUCCUCUUCUAUGAUAUCGAGGUGGCCUUCUUUGGCAGUGCUUCAGUGCUUAUUAUGUGAAUUUAUGUUCUGAGGUCUUUGGAUCUGCAGUUGUCCGACUAAUAAUCACUAAUAGUGUAAUCUGAAAUACUUGAUUUGAAUCAUAUGAUGAGUUGAAGAAACUUCUACAGCCCCUAAGCUCACUUAUCCUGUCUCCAGUUUUACAUUUUGUUAGACCAAACUUGGCCUGGGGUGAGUUAUCAUUGUUUUUGAAAGUUAUUUUUACUGUUUUUCUUCUUUUACCAUUUUCUUUCUUCAGGGAUUUUAAUUUUCAAAAUAAUACUUGAUGCUCAUUGGUACAAGGAAAUAAGAUAGUUGGACUAGGAAUCAGGUCAUCUUCUCACAUCUAAUGAUCUAAAGGAAUUAAUUCAUGAUUGUAAAUCAAUGCUGUGCAAGAGAAAUUGGAGAUGGAUCAAGGAAACUUCGGCUCAAUCCAAGGAGAAAGUUGACCAAAUUUGAGGUAACGAAACAAAAUAAUUCAAAUUUCAUGCUGAUAGAGAAGUUCAUUAGAUAGAUCUGUUUUUGUUACGUAGAAUCCAGAUGUUGUGGGACCAGGACAAAUGCAGUAGUAAAUUCAUUGGUUGCAUAUUUUAGAUAUUUGGAGGGAACAGCUCGAUAUGACUGGAGAGAGUGUGAAGUUUUAGUCAGAUAUUAGGCUGUGUCGACGUAGACUAUGAUGAAUGAACUGUGAACAACUUUCUUCUUACUUUUUUUUUUAAAGUCAUUGUUGUACUUACAUACAAUGUAAUGAAAAUAUGCUUGAUUCAUGGAGAAGGAUCACAUGGUAAUUCCUGAUUUUGAUGACACGGCUUAAAGACAUGUAGAACUGAAUUUGGCAUAGCAUACUAUGCUGUAUGUGGUAAGUCCCCUUCUGUUUGAGACUUCAGAUUUGAAACUGCCUCCGCAAAGUUACUUUCGAUAUCCUGUCUAAGUUAUAUAAUACAUUGAUAUUUAGCAUGCUUAAAGAUAAUAUAGUUCCUCUUGGUUCUUUUAGUGAUAGCUUAUGGGAAAAAGAUGUCAAUCAAUUUUAGUUCUUGGUGUUUAUCAAUCAUAUUGUUUACCCUACAUCUUUUAACGAAAGUUUUGGUGGGGACCUGCAUAAAAUUGGCCUGAGAUUGCUGGUAUCUUGCAAAUGAACUUAAUCAGCUUGUAUUUUACGCUCUUAUCAUUCUGAAAGAGCGUGGUUUGAUGGAUGAAAUAACCAACUCGUUACAGCCUGCAUGCUCUUUAUACUCUCGUCUCAUAAGGAGAUCUCCAUUGAGCUUUAUUUCUUUGCAGGGCGCAGUAUGUUGUGCAUUACAGAAGCGCAGAAUUGAGCUUCAUUCACUAUGCGCUUUGGCCCCUCCAUGUAGGUAUUAUAUCUAGAAGGAGAGUGCUUUAUUAAAGCAAUCGAGUACAAGAAAGAGAUAGAUGCUGAUUUUUAUUUCCCUUUGGAUAUGCCGCAGCAACUGUGGUUUUGGUCACAUUUUAUCUUUGUUACAUCCGUGCAGGGGAGUUCAGAUGCUUAGCUAUUGUGAAUAUUUAUGUCAGCUCUCAUGAUUACUUUAAAUUGCAUGCAUCUUUCUAUCAUUUCAAUCUAUAUCCUCUACGUAACACUUCUUAAGAGAUUUACAGAAAAGACAGAUCAAUCAUGGAGCAUAUUAAAUUUGGACACGGAGAUGUAAUGGCAGUAUAUUUCAGUAUAUGUAUGUUGGGACGAGGGUCCAGCUAUAGUGUUUUGGUGCUUUUCUUGACACUACAAUGACAACGUGAAUAAUAUAAGUGAAGGAAGAUUUCAAGUCUGGGCCAUUACAAAAAAUCAGAAAAAUCAAACAUUGUGCAUAUUAAUCCAUGUGGGCUGAAGUGGUAAAGGACUUUAUUGAAGAAGUUCGCAAACCAGUGCACCAUAGGUAUGUUUCUAACUUCUAUAAUAGCCUUUCUUUUGCUCUACUCUUCCGGUAUGUGCAUGUAGCUCACUGUUGCUUUGUUUCAGAUUCUCAUUAACAUCCCUCCACCCCCCAAUUGGCUUAGUAGUAUAUAGCUCUCUUUUGGAUUUGAAAUUUGAAUCAUGAAAAAGGUUCAAGUAAUAAUUAAAAAUAUAUAUAUGAUUUAUCCAAAAAACAAAAUCCUCGAAAUCACCAAACAUGAAGUGCAGUGUAAACUCCUCUUGGUCGAAGAUCUCUCUCGUCCCAUUUACUAGGCAGUGUUCACUUUUUUAAGACAUUUAUUACUCAUCUGCGCUUUAUCAAUUGUCCAACUAUUAUCA